CGACGCAUACAACAGUGUGCUCCAGUUCCCGCCAAUAUCCAGCAACUUCGCAGAGCCACUGAAGAGGAGUGGGACAACAUUCCACAUGCCAAAUCAACUGCCUGAUCAACUCUAUGAGAAGGAGAUCUGUCGCGCGGCAUGAGGCGAAUGGUGGUCAAACCAGAUACUGACUGGUUUUCAGUAUCUGAUUAGCCCCUACCUUUUUUAUGGGGGGGGGGUAUUUGUGACCAGCAGAUGCAUAUCUAUAUUCCCAGUCGUAUGAAAUCCACAGAUUAGGGCCUAAUUUAUUUAUUUAAAUUGACUGAUUUCUUUGUGAACUGUAACUCAGUAAGAUAUUAGAAAUUGACACAACAUUUUUACAGUGCCGUGAAAAAGUAUUUGCCCCAUUUCUGAUUUUCUCUAUUUUUGAUGCUGAUGCAAAACAUAAUAUUAGAUAAAGGGAACCUGAGUUUACAAAUAUGGAUACUUUUUUUUAACACCCAAUUCCGUUGUGUGAAUAAGUAACUGCCCCCUUACAUUCAAUAGCUUCCUGUAGUUGUUGAUCAGUCUCUCACAUCGCUGUGGAGGAAUUUUGUCCCACUCUUGCCUGCAGAACUGCUUUAUCUCAGUGACAUUUCUGGGUUUUCAAGCAUAAACUGCUCGUUUCAAGUCCAGCCACAACAUCUCAAUUGGGAUUAGGUCUGGAUUUUGACUAGGCCAUUUCAAAACUUUAAGUUCAUUGCUUUUUCAGCCAUUUUCAUGUAGACCUGAUUGUGGAUUUUGGAUCAUUGUCUUGCUGCAUAACCCGGCUGCGCUUCAGCUUCAGCUCACAGACGUAUGACCUGACAUUCUCUGAUACCGAGCAGAAUUCAUUUUUCCUUCUAUUAAGGCAAGUCUUCCAGGUCUUCGGGCAGCAAAGCAUCCCCAAACCAUCAUACUACCACCACCAUGCUUGACCGUUGGCAACCGUAUCAACAUGAAAAAUAGGCCAUAACCCUCCCAAGCUGAACAGCUGCACAGGAAAGCCCAGACUGACAGUAGUAGAAGAUGGACCAGGCCUUUCCCAGUCUCCAGACCUCAGCCACUGAGCUCCAACUCAGGGUGGACUUCUUCAGAAAGUUGGGCUACUCCCCCAUGGAGGUUCGGGCCGCCCUGCUGAAGCUAGGCCUGAGUACAGACACCAACUCUGUACUGGGGGAGUUGGUCCGUAGCGGAGCCAGCACUGGUACUUCUAACUCCACCAUUCCUGAGAGUGUUGAAGAUACUACUGGCCCCAAAAGCCACACAGGCUCCAGCAUGGCAUCCUCUAGGACCCAUGGCUCCCCAGGAGACAGACCAGUCUCAUUACUGGAAGACAGGAGGGACACAGACAGCGGACUGAAACCUAUCGUCAUUGACGGCAGCAAUGUGGCCAUGAGUCAUGGUAACAAGGAAGUGUUCUCCUGUAAAGGAAUUGAGUUGGCAGUGAUCUAUUUCCUGGAUAGAGGUCACUCAACCGUCAUUGUGUUUGUGCCCUCCUGGCGCAAGGAGCAGCCCAGGCCUGAUGUCCCCAUCACAGACCAACACAUUCUAAUGGAGCUAGAGAAGAAGAAGAUAGUUGUCUUCACGCCCUCGAGACGUGUCGGUGGUAAACGGGUGGUCUGCUACGACGACCGUUUUAUUGUGAAGCUGGCCUACGAGUCGGACGGCGUGAUCGUGUCUAACGACACCUAUAGGGACCUCCAGGGAGAGCGUCCGGAGUGGAAGCGCUGUAUCGAGGAGAGGCUGCUUAUGUACUCUUUCGUCAAUGACAAAUUCAUGCCCCCAGAUGACCCGCUUGGUCGUCAUGGUCCCAGUCUGGAGAACUUCCUGAGGAAGAAGCCUCUACUACCAGAACACAAACGCCAACUCUGUCCUUAUGGUAAAAAGUGCACGUAUGGCGUAAAGUGUAAGUUCUACCACCCUGAGCGCACUCACCAAUCUCACUGCUCAUUGGCUGAUGAGCUCAGGGAGAAGGCAAGGCUCUCCUCAGUAAAAGAGGACCGGAAUCACACGACAUCACACCUGAGAGGCCCCCAGGCCGACCCGAGCCCCUUUCCCUCCUAUUCUCUGGAGAAUGACCUGGAGCACAGGCUGACGUUGGAGCAUCGCGGUUCCCUGAGGGAGUGUCCCAAUAGCCAGGUAACUGAGAACAUGUUUCUGUCCUGGGAUGGGCCACACUCCAGUAGGAACCAGCAGGCCCGCAGCCCCACAGCACUAGACCAAGGACAAAUGGACUGGCCCAAUAUGGGCAGUAUGUUCUCCCCCUACGCUACUACUGACCUCCCCUAUGCCAGCAUCUCCCAUGAAUGCAUGGACUCUGGUUUUGGCACCUAUGAGAGCCAGUACUCAGAUGUGCCCCAAGGCCACAGCAACGCCUUCAGUCCCAGGCAGCAGAAGAAACAACAGGGUUCCAGACAUCCAGGCAUGCAUCCAGAGAGGCUGGCCCAGGACAGCCUCCAGCCCUGCAGGUGUUUCCAUUUGGCUCCCUUCACAGGUCCCCAGCAGCAGUACCACAGCAACCCACACCUCGAGUCCCAAUCCCAGCCAAGGUUUGACACCUACUCGCCUCCUCUGUUCCCACCCAACAUGCACCACUCCAGCCUCCCUUGCAACUUCCAGCAAGGCAGGGUGGGGGCACAUAAUUUCCACCCCCAUCAGCACCCCCAGAAGUACUGGUCAGACCCCUUCCAUAGCGGGGUCCCCCAGGCUAGUGCAUCGUGUAGCCUCACCCCGAGCUCCCACCAUCACCCCCCAACCCCGCAUGGGGCCCCCCACUCAUGCUCCUCUUACAGGAAUCAGCAGGAACUCAACUUCUGGGCCCAGCCACCUCCACCUUCUGCCUUUGACACAGACAGAGAGGAGCUCCGUAAGAAACUGCAGGCCAUCUUCAACCCCCACCAAGUAGAUACGGUCAUGGGGAUUUUCCCUCACCUGAUGGAUGCCCAGAAGCUGGCUGCAGAGAUCCUCAAUUUCAAAUCUGAUGCGGGGGACUUCUGAUGCCUCUAAGCAUCUUGUCCACGGGAUUCAUUCAGGGUUGAGAAACUUGCACAACUCUAACUUCCACGUAAAUCAUUAAUUGAUUUCAAUGGGAUACUUGUGUGAAAAUGUGCCUUGGGUAAUUAUUCUCUUGUUCUUUUCCUUUGUAAUUUACUGUAACUGAUUGAAAGAGCAAUGUUUUUAUUGUUGAUGUUGUCCUUCCUUAGCAGUCAUGUGCUUGCAUAGCUUAUGUUAAAUCCAUGACAGGUUGUGUGUGAACAGUUUGGGAGAAGUGUAGAGAAUUGGGAUGAAUCCCCUGUCGUGUUUAACUGGAUUAUUUGAAAUUUAUUGAAAGUUGUAUACAUUUAUAACAGUGUAGUCAAAUCUUGCCUCUAGACUCAAUAAUACGGCAAAAGUGAAUCUAGAGUGUUUGACUGUUGAUGCAUAUUGUAUCAUCAUUUGGGAUAUACCGUAUGUGAUCUCUCGUUUGUCCGAAAUUCAGCUCUCAUGUAAUAAGAAAUAAUUGUCUCAAAUAAUGUCCUUGUCUGAAAUUACACCUUUUACUAUUAUGUUUUUUAA